CAUUUGAAACCCUCAAAAAAAAGAAAAAUUUCUCGCUUUUCUGCAGCCAUGCAGAGUAACGUAGAUAAUUAAAUUUGCUAUAUAUUUUCUCGACUUAUCGUAUGAUGUCAACAUAUCGAAAGGAUGUUUUUAAAGUGUUACGCAAGAGAGAAAUAAAGUUAAUAAGAUUCGCAACAGUGUAAUCGCGCUGAUAAUGGAAAGUUGUUUAUGAUCUUUUUCCAAUGCUGGAUGAUCAUGUGAUGUAUAACGAGUCGCCCUCCUCGACUCGACAAGUUGUGUCGUCGCAGACGUCAGCGUUCCGGUCGGAUAAAGUCCAAUCGAGGUUAACUUUUGCCCAGAUUCAAAAGGAUCAAGGAGAUCGCGAGAAUUUUAUCGCACUAAAUGGCUCAUACAACAAGGCUGAUCGCAACUACUUCUAGUUUGAAAAGCGUUUACAACUCUCUGUCAAUGGCUAUAAGAUCCGCAAGCUCAUGGUGGUCUCAAGUAGAGAUGGGACCACCAGAUGCAAUUUUGGGGGUUACAGAAGCAUACAAGAGAGACCAGAAUUCUAAGAAAAUUAAUUUAGGUGCAGGUGCUUACAGAGAUGAUAAUGGUAAACCAUUUGUUCUUCCUAGUGUUCGUAAGGCAGAAGAGAAGAUAAGAAUUAAAGAAAUGGACAAAGAAUAUUCUACAAUUGCUGGUAGCGCUGAAUUUUGCCAACACAGUAUUAAUCUAGCCCUAGGAGAUGGAAACGAAGUUGUGGCAAAUGGAUUGAACGCCACAGUUCAAGGAAUUUCUGGCACUGGUUCUUUAUUUGUUGGUGCACAAUUCUUAUCUCAUCAUUUCUCAGGCAACAAGGACAUAUAUCUGCCGACUCCUUCCUGGGGAAAUCAUGUUCCUUUGUUCAGGCUCGCUGGACUCACGGUUAAGUCGUAUCGUUAUUAUGAUCCAAGGACCUGUGGUUUAGAUUUUCAAGGAGUAAUGGAAGAUAUAUCUAAUAUUCCCGAAAAAUCGAUUAUCCUUCUGCAUGCUUGUGCUCACAACCCAACUGGUGUCGACCCGAAACCGGAACAGUGGUCAGAAUUAUCCACUUUGAUUAAGAAGAAAAAUUUGUUCCCAUUCUUUGACAUGGCGUAUCAAGGUUUUGCCUCAGGAGACCUCUCAAGGGAUGCUACUGCAGUUAGACUGUUCAUUAAGGAAGGUCACAAAAUAGCUUUGGCUCAAUCUUAUGCGAAGAAUAUGGGUCUAUAUGGAGAGCGUAUUGGAGCGUUUACUUUGGUAUGCGAGAGUAAGGAGGAAGCCGCACGAUGUCUGUCGCAGUUGAAGAUUCUAAUUAGGCCGAUGUACUCGAAUCCGCCGAUUAAUGGCGCCAGGCUCGUGAACGAGAUCUUGGGCGAUCCGGAGCUGAAGAAGGAAUGGCUGCGCGACGUGAAGGGUAUGGCUGAUCGCAUCAUCUCGGUUCGCACAACGUUACGUGACAACCUGAAGAAGAACGGUAGCACCCGCGACUGGUCGCACAUUACCGAUCAGAUCGGUAUGUUCUGCUACACUGGCCUCAAACCGAACGAAGUGGAAAGACUCACGAAAGAUUUUAGCAUUUACUUGACCAAGGACGGCCGUAUCUCUAUGGCUGGUGUAACGUCGAAGAACGUGGAGUAUUUGGCGCACGCCAUACACGAGAUCACGAAGUAACUUGCAGUGCGCAAACCACAGAUUAAAUGCGUGCUGUCAUUAUCGAAAACAACCUUGCAACACAUAAUAAUAAUGCACAGCCUACAAAUCUAUUUUACAAUUUAUAUGCAACGUAAUCAAUAGCGUUUAAUAUCGAGGCAAUGAAUACAUAGGAAACCGUGUGUGCAGCACGGAUUAUGUUCUGCGGUUUAUAUGACCGCAUAUUAAUAGCGUAAUUUGCGUUGAGCAUCAAGUGUUGAGCAUUUGUCACAGUUAUACAUUAGUUAUCUAUAUACAUUAGUUUCUAAUAGGAAACGCUGCGAUUUGAUACAAUCCUUUUUUCUGCUUUACUCUUUUUUAGAAAAUUUUGUACAUUUUAGAAUCGAUACUUUAUUUUAUCUAUUGAAUGCAUCUUUACCAACUUUGAGUAAGCAUCCAAAGAAAUUAUUAUCGAAAGAAGAGACAUUGUUCCCUCUCUUUCUCUUACAUAUUGUCAAGAUUAUAUAUAUAUAAUAAAUAUCAUGUUGUUAUAUCUUUCCAUUGUUACGUGUUCGUUCUUUUUACUCUUACGAUUUAAAUUUCAAAGAUAAUAUACACCUAACACGAAUAAAUUAUGUUAUUAUUCGUAUGCAAAAAAUAUUAGAAAA